CCAAGCCCGGCCAUGAGGCGAGCCAUGGCCGAGGCGGCCGUAGGAGACGAUGAUUACGGUGAAGAUCCCACGGUCCACGGUGAGCCGGGCGAAUAGGCCCGGGGCAGGGGUCGUUGAGGUGACCCCUGGCGCUGUCCUUGGUGCUGACAGGAGGACAGCAUGGACACAGAGUGAUGCCUUGCAUUUGAGAAGGCAGCAGCAGGCUAAGUGGUGCGCUCUGCGUCCUUGCUGGUUCUCGGGGAGACCCUUGCUAAUGCGGCCUCCUGAGCGCCAUACUGGACUUGAGGAGCCAGAAUCUGCAUUUUUUAACAAGACCGCCGGGUAAUUUCUGUCCGCUGUCACCUAACUGCGCAGAUGGAAGUUGUCCAGCCCUGCAAAGCCAGGCUCUGAGAGGCCAGAGAAGAGCGCAAGGACCCACAUAGAGCAGGGAAGAACCAGGGUCUGAGGCAGGUCUGACUGCAGUGGCUUGUAACUACUCUCCUGCAGUCACUGACUUCACAGAGACAAAACCAAUUGCAAAAAGAAAACGCUUGCUGCCCCUUCCCAGGGCAGCAUCAUGACCCUAGGGAAUGCUGUAAGGAGACAGCAAACCAAAGGCAACCCGGGCUCGAGAGUCAACCUCGAGUGUUGCUGGGGUGUGUGCCGCUUCCACCGUUUCAGAGAUAAACCACAGAUCACCACUUGACCCCUGGAGGCCCGGGUCACUGGGGGCUGAUCAGGAAUCUAGCAACAACACGCUGCUACCAGGAACUUCACAGAUGCUGAGCUGCUCGGCAGGCACCUGGUGUAAACAGGUCACCACAUCAAGGCUGGGAGAACUGCAGGAAAAGGCUGCAAAGCUGCUCGGAGUGGAGCGGACUCUGUUUGUGCCCACCAACACCAUGGCCAACCUCAUCUCUGUAAUGGGUCACUGCCGGCGCCGGGGUUCCCAGGUCAUCCUUGGGCAGGAAUGCCACCUCAACAUCUAUGAGCAGGGCGGAGUGGCUCAGAUCGCUGGGGUUCACUCCCACCCCCUCUCAGACCUGCCCCAAGGCACCCUGGACCUGAAUGAGCUAGAGAGGGCACUGACUCGGGGCUUCGGGAGCGCCUACCAUCCGGUCUGUGAGCUCGUGUGCCUGGAGAACACGCACAACAUCGCAGGGGGCCGGGUCCUACCCAUCGACUACCUCCGCCAGGUGCGCCUGCUGGCCCAUGCCCAUGGAGCACGGGUCCACCUGGACGGGGCGCGGCUGAUGAACGCAGCUGUGGCUCUGCGUGUGCCUCCCGCCCAUCUAGUGGAGCACUGUGACUCUGUGUCCUUCUGCUUCUCUAAGGGGCUUGGCGCACCAGUCGGCGCUGUGGUUGGGGGAUCCAAAGACUUCAUUGAGGAGGCCUGGCGCCUCCGAAAGGCCCUGGGCGGAGGCAUGCGGCAGGCUGGAGUGCUGGCCGCGGCUGCCCUGGUGGGACUGGAUGAGGCCGAGGAGGUGCUGCCGAGGGACCAUGAGAAUGCAAGGAGAUUCGCUAAAGGACUCCAAGAGCUGGCGUCACCCAUUUGCUCUGUGAACCCUGCCACCGUGGAGACCAACAUGGUGCUGGUACACGUGGCUGGACUGCCCCCGACAGAGCUGUGCCAGCGCCUCCAGGCUGUGAGCGCGGAGGAGGUGGCUCAGACUGGCCGUGCCGUGCGCGUGCUGCUGUUUCCCUGGACGGGACGGUCUGUGCGGGCCAUGUGGCACCGAGAUGUGUCUGCUCAGGACACGGAACUGGCACUGAGGAAGUGGGAGUUUGUGCUGAGACAGUUGGAGCCCUGAGGUCAGGGGACCAGGGACCCGUGCCCUGGCUACAACUGAAGUGGGCAGUGAGCCGUGCCAAGCCUGGUGAAGGCUGGUCGUCUCUGGAAGAUGACAUCAUUCAGCCUCUGGUUCCCUCCAGUGGUGGCCUCAUCCAGUCAGGAAUAGGCAGACACUGGAUGGCAUGAGAUGCAACUGAAUUAUCCAGAGGACGUGGACAGAGGGGGACAGAUCCUGGGGCUGGGAAGUGUAGCCUGAUUGCCUAGUGUACACAAGCCCUGGGUUCAGUCUCCAACACUGUAUAAACAGGUGUGUUGGCUCACAUCUGGGAUCCUAGCAGGGCGGAGGAUGAGAAGUUCGAAGUCAUUCUCAGCCACACCGAGAGUCUGAUGCAAACCUGGGCUACAGGAGACCCUGUCUUCAAACAAACAGGUCCUUAGUGACUGACAGAAUGGUGUUAUCAGAGAGGGCUGUGAAAUAAAGUAUUGAAGGCCUUG